AUGGCCACUGUAGUUGUAGCUGUGAGUUGGUGUGUCAAUGGAGAUUGGUUGGUCGGCGUCGGGAGCUUCGACAUGACUGGCCCGGCAGCCGAAGUGAACAUGAUGGGGUAUGCGAACAUGGAUCAGAACACGGCAGGGAUUCAUUUUAGGCUGAGAGCCAGGACGUUUGUUGUUGCUAGCAGUGUUGAUGGACCCAGAAUUGCGUUUGUUAAUUUGGAUGCUGGAAUGGCUUCCCAAUUGGUCACCAUUAAAGUGCUUGAAAGGCUCAAAUCUAGUAUUUUGGUGCAAAGGUUUGGAGAUGUAUACACAGAAGAGAACGUAGCAAUAAGUGGAAUCCAUACACAUGCCGGCCCAGGCGGCUACUUACAGUACUUAGUUUACUCAAUAACAUCCCUCGGCUUCGUUCAACAAUCCUUCGACGCCAUCGUCAACGCCAUUGAACAGAGCAUCAUUCAAGCUCACGAAAGCCUCAAGCCAGGGUUCAUCUUAUUCAACAAAGGGGAAGUUGAAAAUGCGGGGAUUAACAGAAGCCCAAGUGCUUACCUUAUGAACCCGGAAGAAGAACGAGCUAAAUAUGCAAACAAUGUGGAUAAAGAAAUGAGUAUUCUGAAGUUUGUUGAUGGAGAAAAUGGGAAUAGCAUUGGGGCAUUUAGUUGGUUCCCAACGCAUGGGACUUCCAUGAGUAGAGAUAAUAAGUUGAUUAGUGGUGAUAAUAAAGGUGCUGCUGCUAGGUUUUUCGAAGAUUGGGCCGCCUCUAAUCGUCGAACCACCACAACCCCCUCAAAUAAUACUUCGGGAAUUGAAGAUUUAAUGAAGAAAGCAGGGAAGAUAAAGGCCACAGGUGGAAAACGAUGCAGCAAAACAAGUAGCAAAUCAUCAAAAGUGAGGAAGAACGACGGAUCUCUCUUCGUAGGAGCAUUUUGCCAAUCCAACGUCGGCGACGUAACACCGAACGUACUUGGCGCAUUUUGCACUGAUUCAGGAAACCCCUGCGACUUCAAUCACUCAUCUUGCCACGGCAGUGACCUUCUGUGCGUAGGCCGCGGCCCUGGGUUCCCAGAUGAAAUUCUUAGCACAAAGAUCAUUGGGGAGAGACAGUUCUUGAAAGCAGCUGAUUUGUUCACAACAGCUACAGAGAAACUAACAGGGGAGAUUGAUUUUCGGCAUGUGUAUUUGAAUUUCACAGACAUUGAAGUUGCAAUUGAUGGGAAUAAUGUUGUCAGGACAUGUCCAGCUGCUCUUGGCCCGGGUUUUGCCGCUGGAACUACGGAUGGUCCUGGUGCGUUUGGCUUUCAACAGGGUGAUACUGAGAUCAAUAAGUUGUGGAAGCAGUUGAGAGAUUCAUUGAAGAAACCCAGUGAGUUUCAGGUUGGCUGUCAGAAGCCGAAGACGGUUUUGUUGGACACCGGCGAGAUGUUUGAACCUUAUGCUUGGGCGCCAGCAAUUCUUCCAAUUCAAAUUCUCAGGCUAGGAAACUUGAUCAUACUCUCAGUGCCAGGAGAGUUCACAACAAUGGCUGGCCGACGGCUAAGGGAAGCAGUAAAGGAAACUCUAAUUAGCAAUGGAAAUGGAGUGUUUGAUGAUGAUACCCACGUUGUGAUUGCAGGGCUUACAAAUACUUACUCUCAAUAUGUCGCAACUUUUGAAGAAUAUGAACAACAAAGAUAUGAAGCUGCCUCAACUCUCUAUGGGCCACACACUCUAUCAGCAUACAUACAAGAGUUCAAGAAACUAGCAAUAGCAAUAGCCAAAGGUGAAAAAAUUGCCAAACCAAUUGCCUCACCACCAGACCUUUCCUCUGUCCAACUCCGACUCGUAAUGGACCCUUUUGGAGAAUCUCCCCCGAAUGGUGUAAACUUUGGAGACAUUCAACAAGACGUCGAAUUACCAAAAGACGGUUGGUUCAAAACUGGGAGCAAACAAAAGCCAACUGCCACAUUUUGGAGUGCAAACCCAAGAUUUGACCUCUUAACCGAAGGGACGUAUGCCUUGGUCGAAAGGCUAGAGAAACAACGAUGGACACCGGCAUAUGAUGACGAUGAUUUCUCCUUGUUUUUUAAAUGGAAAUUAGACAACACGUUUAUCAACAACUUAGUCACUAUUGAAUGGGACAUACCGAUAGACGCCGAUCCAGGUGUGUAUAGGCUUCGACACUUUGGAUCAUCGAGGAGUACCAUAAACUCAACCAACGUAUAUUUCACUGGAGCAUCUCGUGCAUUUGCUGUGUUCUAAAGAAACAUUAAACUUCAAUACAAAAUGGAGUUUGUAAUAUUGAAAGUCGCUUAAGUUUGAGGAGUAACAAGGCAGGAGUUUGCUUCAUUAUUUGGUCAUCCAGAUCACACACCUCAGGCAUUGGCCUUCACUUAGCAAACUGAAAGCUUUGUUGAUGUCUUCAAACCCAACUUCAUGUGUGAUAAAUAAAUCCAAUUCUAAUUUCUGCCAGCCAAGUUUACAUAUUCUUAAAUGAAUAAAAAUGUGUCAGGCAGAGGAAUUCACAUAAAAAAAAAAAAAAAA